AUGGCCAACUCGUCCCCUCCACUGCCAAUACGGCACUCGAGUACCACUCCACGAGCACCGUUCAUCUCACGAUUCCCAGAUAGCAUUGAUGAUGUCGACGAAUUAGCCGCGGACACCAUUCCUUGCUCACCUUCAACUUUUUUGCGCGACCCUCCGCGAGAAAGAGACACCACACAACCGACACAGAUCUUGAGCAAGCCGGGUCUAACAUUGGAUACGCGACGCUCCUCUUCGCCCGCUAGCGUCGUCGAGGUUCCCGCAUCCUCGCCGUUCCAGCCAAAGCAGCCCUCGAGACUGGGUUCUCGCCUCGCACCCGCGGGAACCUUUUUUCGGCCGCCCCCUCGACAGCCACCCUCGCGACCUUCACAGGGCCCCAAAAGACCUGCUGCAGAGCCAAUAAGUCUGAUUUCCGAGGAUGAAGGCGACUCAUCCCCCCCUAGGGGGGACAUUCGGCCUACCACGUUCAUGGCUAAGAUUGCCGAGUUUGCGUACAACCCGGCUGCGGAGGAGAGAGAGCUCAAGGCUAAAAUGCGACAGAUAUAUGAUGUCUUUGGCAACAUGUAUCCCUCGGAAAAGGUUAGAGAGGCACUCAAGGCAUGCAAAAACGAUCUCGAUGAUGCCGUCAUCUGGCUGGAGAGUCGGCCAAAGCAGACAAGAAAGAGUAAUUCUCAACAACCCAGCAAGACAACUCGGAGGCGGUUAGUAUCAAAAGCUGCAAUACGAAGUAAUGCAAGGAACCCAAUAUCGCUUGACCGAGACACGUCGCCUUCCCUCCCUUCGAGCCCGCCAAAGAAGCAGGAAAAGCCACAGAGGCGCCGGCUCGUCCAAGGACUGAAGAGGCGAAAUGAUUCGUCCCCUAGAAAGUCUUUUGACCCGUCACCACCUACUAGAAAAAAGCCGCUCGUCAUUGACCUGGUCGAUAAUGAUAAAGAAGAUGCGUAUGAGGCCGAGCCGUCUCCUGCCCCGUCAGAAGAAAACGACGAUAGGGUGCUCCAUUGUCUGAAUACGAGCACUCUGAAGGAACUUGCAGCAAUGACGGGUAUGAAAGAGGCUCUUCUGGAACCUCUGAUCGAGAAGAGGCCGUUUGAUCACUUGUCACAGGCCCGCCGUGUGAGUGCGACGAAGAAAGCUGGUGCUCGAAAGUCGCCGAGAGUCAGCACAGGAGAGUCCGCCGUUGGUGCCGUUGAAGUAUUCCUCAAUGCAGUGACUGCCAUUGACCAUGUCGUUGCCAAGUGUGAAAUAAAGGGCCAGGCAGUCAAGAGUGUGAUGGACAGAUGGGAUCUCGACACAUUUGGUCACGACAAGCGAGGCAGUCGGGCAUCCCCCUUUGUCGACAUGCCGCCCACACCAAGUAGCAUGAAUUCCAAGUACACACGGCCGUUGAUACCUCGCCAGCCCAAGAUGAUGGAUGGACACUGCCAAAUGAAGCCGUUCCAGCUCUUUGGCUUAAAUUGGAUGUCGUUGCUGUGCAGUUAUGACAUUGGCUGUAUACUGGCAGACGAGAUGGGCUUGGGCAAGACUUGCCAAGUCAUUUCAUUCAUGUGUCAUUUGGUCGAGGAGUAUGAGAGGGAACCCAAGGCGACUCGGCCGUGGCCGAAUUUGAUUGUGGUGCCGCCGAGCACGUAUAACAAUUGGCUCCAUGAGUUUGAGAGAUUUGCUCCAGAUCUGUCCAUCGUGGGGUACCGAGGCUCGCAGGCGGAACGAGCUGAAAUUGCUCAUGAAGUUGAACGACAUCCAGAGUCGUACCAUGUCGUUUUGGCCACUUACUCGCAGAUCAACUCGGAGGCGGACAUUGAGGCCAUGCAGUCGUUUGAUCUGAACGCAGCAGUGUUUGACGAGGGCCACAAGAUGAAAAACCAGGAAACAAAGAGUUAUCGAGACUUGCGCCGCAUUCCCGCAAAGUGGAAGAUGCUCCUGACCGGAACUCCGGUGCAGAAUAACCUGCUCGAGAUGACGGCUUUGCUAAAUUUCAUAAACCCAAAGAUGUUUGACGGAUACAUGGACGACAUUCAGUACAUUUUCAGCCAAAAGGUCACAAUCCGGGACGUGUCCAACGGAGCUUUCUUGUAUGCCGAACGUGUCAAACGGGCGCGGACCAUUCUGGAGCCGUUCAUCCUGCAGCGAAGAAAGGACCAAGUCUUGUCAGACAUGCCGGCAAAGACUUGUACCGUCGUGCACUGCGACAUGACUGAUUCACAAAAGAAGACAUACGGCGAAUAUGAAGCGCUUUUCAAGCUGGAGCCGUCGUCACGGGCAGCCAAGGCCAAGGGGCGACAGAACGACCAAAAUAACGUGUGGAUGCAGCUCCGCAAAGCAGCUCUGCAUCCGCUGCUGUUCCGACGGCAUUUCACGGACGAAAUGGUUGCAGAGAUGGGCAGGAUAUUAAUGGAUAGAAUCCCCCAAUCUGAGCUCCAUCAGCCGGACAUGAAGCACCUGGUCCAAGAACUAAAGAACUCGUCCGAUUUUGAGCUCCACUUGUGGUGUCGAGACUACCCCGGGCUGCUCAAGCAGUUCGACAUUCCGUCCGCGGCGGAACUGGACAGCGGCAAGGUCAAGAAGCUCCUGGAGCUCAUCAGGCACUACCAGGAGAAGGGAGACCGGGUGCUCGUGUUCAGCAAGUUCUCUCGGCUGAUCGAGCUUCUGCGGGAGGUUCUUGCCCUGCAGGGCAUCGAGCACCGAGUCUUGAUGGGAAACACCGACGUUUCCGAGCGGCAGACGCUCAUUGACGAGUUUAACGAGGAUGCAAAAAUCCCGGUGUUCUUACUGACGACGGGGGCGGGCGGCACCGGCAUCAACCUCACGGCGGCAAACAAGGUCAUCAUCUUUGACCAGUCGGACAACCCGCAAGACGACAUUCAGGCGGAGAACCGGGCCCACCGCCUGGGCCAGAGACGCGACGUCGAGGUGGUCCGACUGAUUGCUUCGCAAACAAUCGAAGAGCUCAUCUACAGGGCGUGCCAGAAGAAGAUUGAGCUCGCCAACAAGGUCACGGGGGCGCUGGAGGACGCGGACGGCGCAGAGGGCAACGUGGAACAAGAGGUGCGCAAGAUGAUGAUGACGCAAGGCGAGAUGACGCCCCCUCAGGAAGCCGACGUUGCAGGCGCGCCGCCGGACGGACUGGGCCGCGGAGGAGGGGGAAACUAG